AUGGUUCUUGAAUCAAGAUGGACGGUACCAAUACCGAAUUGCUCCGUGCCAAAAUGGGUAUUUGGAUCCUCCUUCGACUCACUCCCAGAUAAUCCCCAAUUUAUUGAUGUCGACCGGCCGGAGACGCAUUUCAUCACCCAAUCUGAUUUUCGGCUGUGGUCGAAGAGACUGGCCUUGGGAUUGAUACGAGCAGGCUUGAAACCUGGCGAUCGCGUACUCCUCUUCUCUGGCAACUCACUUUUCACCCCCGUAGUUUUCAUGGGUAUCCUGAUGGCAGGGGGUAUUUUCACAGGCGCUAACCCUAGCUUUGUCGCUCGGGAACUUGCUUACCAGCUGAACGAUAGCGGCGCUUCGUUUCUAAUUGCAGCCGACGCUAGCAUGGAGAUCGCGAUAGAAGCCGCUGACAAGGCUGGCCUUCCGAGGAGUCAAAUAUAUAGUUUUGACAUAAGCGCACUCGAUAAGAAACCGGCUAAUGCGCGACUCGGGACUCAGCAUUGGACUUCUCUCCUCGCCCCUAAGAGCGAUGCUGUCAAGUUUGACUGGGUUGAGCCCGUCGAUGCGAGAACGACAGUGUGUGCUCUUAAUUAUAGCUCAGGCACGACAGGUGUGCCGAAAGGUGUCGAAAUCACACAUUACUCCUAUGUAGCGAACGGCCUCGGGGUUAACUACAUGGAGCGACUAGAUCCUGAAUAUGACGAAAAGAAGAAACGAUACCGCCGUUUAGGCUUCUUACCGAUGUAUCAUGCAUACGGCCAGACCUUCUUCGUCUGCAACUAUCCGAAAGAAGGCGUUCCAGUAUACAUUAUGCCUUCGUUCAAUUUUGAGAAGAUGCUACAGUGUAUUGAGAAGUUUCGUAUUGACACUCUCAUCGCUGUACCACCUAUCAUAGUUCUACUUGCCAAAAGUCCUCUUAGCCGCAAGUAUGAUCUUAGCAGUCUCGAAAAUAUAGGCUCUGGUGCCGCACCGCUAGGAGCCGAAGUUAGUGAUGAGGUCGCUAAGCUUUGGCCAGACGGCGCAUUGAAUCUUCGUCAGGGGUGGGGCAUGACAGAAUUAACUUGUACGAGUACAAGUUGGCACCCUAAAACGGCUGGUAAGUCUGCAGCCGUUGGCGAAUUAUUGCCGAAUUGCAAAGCACGUAUCAUGAGAAUCGACGGCUCAGGCGAGAUCACCAAAGCCAAUGAGAGGGGCGAGGUAUGGAUUACUGGGCCUACGCUAUUGAAGGGAUGGCACCCGUUGGCUAAAAACUGGCGAUGUUGGGUUGUGGAGAAGUAUGAGCAGGGUGGACUGUUCCACAUUGUCGACCGCAUCAAGGAGCUCAUCAAGGUGAAGGGUAAUCAAGUAGCGCCGGCCGAACUCGAGGACGUAUUACUCGAAAAUAAGGGUGUCCGCGACGCCGCUGUCGUAGGCGUAACUAUUAACGGCGAAGAAGUACCACGUGCAUACAUUGUCCCAGACCCCGAGGUGAAGCAGACGGAGCAGGAAAUUGCCAAGUGGAUGGAAUCCAAGGUUGUCAACUACAAGCGGUUACGAGGCGGUGUGAAGUUUGUCGAGGCCAUUCCCAAGAAUCCGUCCGGCAAGAUCCUUCGCAAAAUACUUAGAGACCAAGCAGCGAACGAAGUUGGUGAUAGUAAACCAGGAAUGGCGAAGUUAGCCUAA